AUGAAGACUCAACAACCUCUUCACGUGGCCACCCCGGUCAGAGAGAGCCUCGCCCUGACAAAAUUGGCCCAAACUUCAGUUUACCUCAAACUGGACUCAUCCCAGCCUACAGGCUCCUUUAAGAUCAGGGGCAUUGGACACCUAUGCAAAACAUGGGCUGAGCGAGGAUGCCAGAGGUUUGUUUGCUGUUCAGGAGGAAACGCAGGCAUGGCUGCGGCCUAUUCAGCCCGCCAACUGGGCAUACCUGCAACCAUCGUGGUGCCCAGCGUCACCCCAAAUCCCACAGUAGAUCGUCUACGGGAGGAGGGGGCCACAGUGGUUAUCCAUGGCAAGGCGCUUAAUGAAAGCAUCGAGUAUGGACAACAGCUUGUGGCCAACAACCCAGGAUGGAUUUUUGUCUCUCCCUUUGACGACCCCCUCAUCUGGGAAGGCCACACAUCACUGGUGCAAGAACUGGAGCAAGACAUGAAGGAGAAGCCAGGGGCUAUCGUGCUGUCAGUGGGAGGUGGCGGGCUGCUGAAUGGAGUAGUGGAGGGUCUGCGACGAGCCGGCUGGGCUGACGUGCCAAUUGUCGCCAUGGAAACCAUAGGAGCUCACAGCCUCAAUGCAGCUAUCAAGGCAGGGGAGCUAGUCACUUUACCUGCUAUAACUAGUGUUGCCACCACACUAGGCCUGACGAGGGUUUCUGUACAGACUUUUAAACUGGUGCAGGAGCACACAGUCUUCUCAGAAGUCGUCACAGACCAGGAGGCUGUUAAAGCCGUGGAGCGCUUUUUAGACGAUGAGAAGAUUCUUGUGGAACCCGCCUGUGGUGCUGCACUCACUGCUGUGUACAGUGAUGUCAUCAAAAGGCUGCAGGAUGAGGGCAAACUAGAGAGGCAGCUGGGCCCCGUGGUCAUUGUUGUAUGUGGAGGCAACAACAUCAGUAUGCAGGAGCUCCACAGGUUGAAAAAACAACUCGGUAUUCUCUAG